ACAAGCUGGGGGUAAAGCAUAUCAAGGCAAUCAGGAUUUACACAAUAAUAAAUAUCAUCAAGGCACUGCAAUAAAUAUAAAUGUCCUUUUGUAGAGGAAAAGCAUGAACUAACCCAGAAUAAGAGAGUGCGACCUCUGCUGAUGGGAAGAGGAAACAUCCACUUAUUCACAGAGCUAUUACACUGAGGGCUUAUUUCUGUUUGUGUGAUUUCCUUUUUGUUCACAAGUCCAGAUGAAUUUGAUUGAUGACAUAAGCCACUUAUUCUGAUUUUCUAGUUUUAGACAAACUCAAUUAUAAUCUAACUAUAUUCUUAGAUGAAGAAACACUGUUACAGCCUGUUAUAGACUUUAUUUAAUUGAGAUUAUCUUGGACAGUGUGAAAACCACAGGGUGUGUAAUUUGUUCCCACAGGGUGCAUCUGCAUUAAGGACUGAAAUGUCAAAUUUAAAGUUUAAGCUGAUUUUAUCUGGAAAAACACUGAAUUCCCACAAGGACUUUAUAGAUCGUCUUAACCAACAAGUUCACCUGAAGGAGGUGAAUACAGAGGAUGAGUGUGAUUUCAUUCUGGGUUUCUGUCCGAUUGUGACACGAGCUGGAAUUGACAUUGAAGCAGCAAAGAAACGUCUACACAAUUUUUCAGACACCAAACCUGUAGUCCUGGUGGUGCUCCAUCACACAUUUAAUACAGAGUGUGUUGUUCCAGACAGCAUCAAAUGUGUAAACAGAAAGAAUAUGAUCGCAGUCGACUGUCUGUUCUAUGAAGAUACAGGAUUACUGCAGUGUCUGAAGAAUAAUGACUCACUGGACAAAACUUCACAAUAUCUGAAGGAAUAUAUAAACUGUAAAAACAUGGAAAGGCAAAAGGAAGGUGAAAGGUCAGGACCCAGAAACAGUACAAGUUGCAUUGAAAAGGAAGUUACAGGACUUGAAGGUACAAAUAUGAAACCAGAUCAAACAACUAAUGAUUCAGAGGAAAGCGAAAAUUCUCAACCUGAGAGAAACCAACAACUGAACCCAGAACACAUCGACACUGACAAUGUGGAGGACAUGGAGCAAAGAAAUGAGAGUCAGGAAAAAAUAAUGAGACAGAAUUUAAAGACAAAUAAAGAACCUCUGACAGAAAAUACACAAACACUUCAGGAGAAGGACAAGAUACUGGAAGAGAAGGAGAAACAGCUCAAACAGACAAGAGCUGAACUGGACAAAACAAUUAAGGCGUUAGAAGACAGUCAGAGACACGUGGAGGAGAAAAACACACAACUAGAGAAUCUGAACAAACUGCUGAAGGAGAAAGAAACACAGCUGAAGAACACAGAUAAAGAGCUGGAAACCAGUACAAAUAAACUGGACACACUGGGACAGGAGCUGCAGGACAAGCAGAGACAACUACAGGACAUGAUGAUUGUAGUGGAGCAACAGAAAUCUGAGUUAGCAGAAAAAAAACAACAGCUUGAAAACAAAGAGAGUCUUCUAACAGAAAAUACACAAACACUUCAGAAGAAGGACAAGACACUGGAAGAGAAGGAGAAACAGCUCAGUGAAGUAAGAGAAGAAUUGAGAAAAUCAAAUAUGAUGAUAGAAAAGUAUCAGACACAAUUGAAGGACAAAGACAGACAACUGGUGAGUGUGGGGAAAGAACUGGAAACCAGUACAAAUAAACUGUACACACUGGAACAGGAGCUACAGGACAUGAUCACUGUAGUGAAGCAACAGAAAUCUGAGUUAGCAGAAAAAAAACAACAGCUUGAAGAGAAAGACAGACUUCUGGCUGAAAUUAGACAAAAACUGGAGAUGAAGGAUGAGACCCUGGAACACAAGGGCACACAUUUUUUUCAGUCUCAUUCACAGCUAAAGAAAAAAGUUAAAUGCUGUGAAGUCAUUCCUGCAAAGUUACAAGCACCUUGUGAACAGUUCAGAAAAGAACUUAAAAGAAUUAGAAAGUCUAUGAAGAUGUCUACAGAGGACAAGUGUAAAGCAGUUCUAUAUUAUGUCCCCAAUGUUUCACGAGCUGGAACUGAUAUCGAGGCUGCACUGCAAAAACUUAACAGCUUUGGAGACAAAUACAUCGCACUAGUGGUGCUCCAUCACACAUUUGAUCGAGAGCUCAUUACACCAGACAGCAGCAGAACUGUGACCAGAGACAAAACUAUCAUUGUUGACUAUCUGUUCAGUGAGGACGAGGGACUGUUCUCGUGCCGUAAGAAUGACGAAGCGAAAAAAAAGGUUGCAGAGUGGCUUAAGGCUGUGAAACAUGACAAACAGAACCCUAAGAAAAAAAAAAAAAGUGAAGCCAGUGAGGAAAACAAAGCAAUAACAACCGGACAGAAGAAAAAUGAGCUAAAGGAAGGGCGGCUCUUACAACAGAAUACACAGGUCACAGGUCACAGGUCACAUAAUGGACAAAGCUGCAACCAGUAGAUGAAGUUACAAACU